UUUUUUUUUCCUUUCAUUAGUGAUAUUUUAUUAAAUUUAAAUCUAUUUAUUUUUUAUUUAUUUUUUUAACGACACAUUUGAUCUAAAUUUAAGCACUCUUCCUCCUUUUUUGACUUUUAUUUUUUAUUUAUUUUAUUUUUUUUUUAUUAAAAAAAAUAAAAAAAAUUAUGAAUUCAGAACAAGAAAAUGGAUCUUCUUCCAUGGACUUUCCUAAUUAUCAACAACAACAAGGGAUGAGAAAUAAUAUACAAUUAAAAACAAUGGAUUCUUUUGAUACAGUUUGUUCUUCGGAUGAUGGCCGGACCAUGCCAGAAGAUUUUGAAGAAGAAGGCAUUGGAUUAUUAAAUAAAAAUAGACAAAAACAAAGUAAAUUUGUACCUGACUUUAUAACGACAAUAGCAAGCGAAUCAACCGAGAUGUUACAAGAACAACAACAACAACAACAACAACAACAACAACAACAACAGCAGCAGCAGCAGCAGCAGCGACAGCAGCAGCCACGACAGAAUAUUAUUAGUCAACAAGAUAGUAUAUAUCAACAUAAAAAUGAAAAUAAUAGUAAACACUAUUUACAUCGUUCUCACUUGAAGGAAAAAAGAAUAAAAAAACCAAGGCGUUUUAUUAGAUUGUUAUCAGAUUUUAUUCAUAGAAGAAGAGGUAUAUCAGAUGGAUCACCUCGUAUUAUUUAUGUGAAUAAUAAGGAAAUGAAUUAUCAACAAAAGUUUUUGUCAAAUUCUGUUUCAACUGCCAAGUAUAACAUUUUUACUUUUUUACCAAAGUUUUUGUAUGAAGAGUUUAGUAAAUCAGCCAAUAUCUUUUUCUUAUUUAUUUCAUGUAUUCAGCAAAUUCCAAAUAUUUCGCCUACUUCAAGAUACACGACACUUUUGCCAUUAGUUAUUGUCUUGUUAAUCACGGCCAUAAAAGAAAUCAUAGAAGAUUUUGGUGUACAUAAAUCGGAUCGAGAACUGAAUUCAAGAAAAUGUAAAAUAUUAGAAGGUACACGGUUUAUUGAAAAACGUUGGAGAGAUUUAAAAGUCGGUGAUAUUUGUCGUAUCGAUAAUUCACAAUUCUUUCCUGCCGAUUUAUUAUUACUCAGUAGUUCUGAACCAGAAGGUCUUUGUUAUAUCGAAACAAGUAAUUUGGAUGGUGAAGUAAAUCUUAAAAUUAAACAAGCAUUACCAGAAACAGCUGUACAUAUUUCACCAGUACAGAUUGCAUCUAUGUCAGGGAUAAUUAAAUCGGAACAACCAAAUAAUCGACUUUAUAACUAUGAUGGUACCUUGUCUAUUCCUAAUCAUGAGUUAGGUGGUGGUAAAAAUACAGAUUAUCCUUUAGAUCCUAGUAUGAUAUUACUUCGAGGAGCUCAACUAAGGAAUACAGACUGGAUCUAUGGUUUAGUUAUCUUUACAGGUCAUGAAACAAAAUUGAUGCUAAAUUCAAGUAAAAAACCAACAAAGGCAUCAAAUGUGACUCGUAAAACAAACAGAAAUAUUCUAUAUCUGUUUUGCAUUUUAGUAGCGAUGAGUAUUUUAUGUUCUGUUGGAAAUUUUGCCAUUUCAAAAAGAGAAGAAAAUACACGAAGUUAUCUCAUGAUUCCGUCUUCUUCACUUGGUACAGAAUUUGGUCUUAAUAUUUUGACUUUUAUGAUUUUGUUUAAUAGUUUUAUUCCAAUCAGUUUAAUGGUCACAAUGGAAAUUGUAAAGUAUAUUCAAGCUAUCAUGAUCGAUAGUGAUCUCGAUAUUUAUUAUGAAAAGACGGAUACACCUGCAGUAGCUCGUAGUAGUAGUUUAAUCGAGGAAUUAGGACAAAUUGAGUACGUUUUUUCCGAUAAGACGGGUACUUUAACUUGUAAUGAAAUGGAAUUUCGUCAAUGUUCUAUAAGUGGAUUAUCUUAUUCGGCAAGGCCUGACCCAGAUAAAUGCCCUCUAUCUAAUAAAGAUCCUCAUGGACAGUACUCUUUUCAACAACUCGAACAACAUCUUGAAACAUCUGAGGAUCAAUACAUGAUUAACGAAUUUUUGACAGCAUUGAUGACAUGUCAUACUGUAAUUCCGGAAACAAAUGAAGAAACGGGUCAAAUUGUCUAUCAAGCUUCAUCACCUGAUGAGGGGGCUCUCGUAAAGGGGGCAAGUGAGGUCUUUCAAUAUAAGUUUAUUGCUCGUAAGCCCCAUUCUAUUAUAUGUUUGCGUAAGGGAGUUCAAGAAGAAUUCCAUAUCUUAAAUGUAUGUGAAUUUAAUUCAACAAGAAAACGUAUGUCAGUUAUUUUACGUGGACCUGAUGGUAAAAUUAAAUUAUAUUGUAAAGGUGCAGAUACAGUCAUUUUGGAACGACUCUCGAAUGAUAAUCCAUUUAUCACACCAACGCUUGAACAUUUAGAGAAUUUCGCUUGUGAAGGUCUUCGUACAUUAUGCUUUGCCAUGCGUGUUAUUCCAGAGGAAGAAUAUAUCAAAUGGAAUACGAUUUAUGAAAAAGCAUCUACAACACUUGUCAAUCGUGCACAAGAAUUAGAUGAUGCAGCUGAAUUAAUUGAAAAAGAAAUGUUUUUAAUAGGUGCAACGGCUAUUGAGGAUAAACUUCAAGAUGGAGUACCUGAAACAAUUCAUACUUUACAUGAGGCCAACAUUAAAAUAUGGGUAUUGACAGGAGAUCGACAGGAAACAGCCAUUAAUAUUGGCUAUAGUUGUAAAUUAUUGACAGAUGAAAUGGAACUUAUUGUUUGUGAUGAAGAAAACCACAUGCUGACGAAGGCAUUCCUUGAAGAAAAGUUAGCCCAUGUUAUGGCCAUGUCUCAACAUAUGCAGCAAGAUCCAUUUGCUCUUAUCAUUGAAGGAAAAGCGCUUACUUAUGCUUUAGAAAAGGAUCUUGAAAGGACAUUCUAUGAACUGGCAACGCGAUGUAAAGCAGUUAUCUGUUGUCGUGUAUCACCAUUACAAAAGGCCUUAGUAGUUAAGGUUGUCAAGAAAUUCUCUAAAUCUAUUUUAUUAGCCAUUGGAGAUGGUGCCAAUGAUGUAUCCAUGAUUCAAGCAGCACAUGUAGGUGUAGGUAUUAGUGGCGUAGAAGGCCUUCAAGCAGCUCGCAGUGCCGAUUUUGCUAUAUCACAAUUUAGAUUCCUUAAGAAAUUAUUACUUGUGCAUGGUGCUUGGGCUUAUCAACGUCUUAGUAAAAUGAUUUUCUUUUAUUUUUACAAGAAUGUAGCUAUGUAUUUAACACAAUUUUGGUAUGCUAUUUUUAAUGGCUUUUCAGGGCAAACAUUAUAUGAAUCAUGGACUAUGUCUUGCUUUAACGUCUUUUUCACGUUUUUACCACCUAUGGCCAUUGGUAUCUUUGAUCAAUUUGCAUCAGCACGUUUACUAGAUAAAUACCCACAAAUGUAUAUCCUUGGACAAAGAAAUGAGUUCUUUAAUCAAAAACGAUUUUGGGGAUGGAUCAUAAAUGCAGUCUACCAUUCAGCUGCACUCUUUUUCUUGGGUGUAGCUGCAUUUGUAGAUGAUUCAGUAUUUGCUAAUGGACUAUCUGGAGGCCAAUGGUGGGUAGGGACAACCAUCUUUACUGCUACCUUGGCCACUAUUUUAUGGAAAGCGGCAUUAAUUACAGAUAUUUGGACAAAAUAUACCUUUAUUGCUAUACCUGGAUCUAUUGUUAUUUGGUUUAUCUUUUUACCCUUUGUAGCUUAUGUAGGACCUUUACUUCCAUGGGAAAUCUUUUUAGAAUAUAAUGGUAUUGUUCCUCAAUUAUUUGGGAAUAUUAAUUUUUGGUUAUUCAUUAUCGUUGUACCUUUGGGUUGUAUUUUACGUGAUUAUAUAUGGAAAUAUAUCAAACGUAUGUAUCGACCACAGAGCUAUCAUUAUAUCCAAGAAAUUCAAAAAUACAAUUUCCCUGAUUACCGACCACGUAUGGAACGAUUUCGUCGUGCAGUUAAUAAAGUACGAAAAAUUCAAAGACUUAAACAAUCAAGAGGGUACGCUUUUGCACAGAAUGAAAAUGAUCAAUCAAGAAUUAUUCGAAUGUAUGAUACAACACAGCAAAAGCCAUCUGGAUAAUAAUAACGUACGCAAAGUCUUUCUUAUUCUAUGUAUAAUAAAAACUAAUGAGAAGGGAGAGUGAGUGAAAAAAAAAAGAAAAGAAAAGAAAA